AUCUGUCACCCUGGAUUCUCAACAAGGCAGGUUGAGGGGCUCCAGGGUAAAGGUUUGAUACGGAGGAAAGUGGCUUUUCACUUUCCUCCUUUGUUUGUAAGGUCUGUUUUGGGAUCUGGAGCCUGGAGAUUUCAAAGAGAUCUGGGAGGGAUGAAAUCUCCAAUCCUGGGACCAGGUUUUGGGAAUGGCCAGGAGACUGAUUGCACAGGUGUGUGCAGGCCUCUUCAUAGAGUCAGGACCAAGGUUCUGGGCUCCACCCCAGCAGAUAGGAGUCAGCAAGGGGCUGCUAGAGACUAGCUGUGUGCUAGUGGCCAGCGGUGUGCAAGAGCCGUGUCUUGAAGUCUGCAGGAGGCAGA